AUGUUCGGGGACAUGCCGGAUCCUUUUAAUACGUCUACUGAGCGCCAGGGGGCCGCUCCGCCAGUCCCUGAUGCGGCGUUGGCCUCUUCCAGUUCAGAUAAUCAGGCCUAUUACACGUUCAGGGACAUGUUCGGGGACAUGCCGGAUCCUUUGAAUACGUCUACUGAGCGCCAGGGGGCCGCUCCACCAGUCCCUGAUGCGGCGUUGGCCUCUUCCAGUUCAGAUAAUCAGGUCUAUUACACGUUCAGGGACAUGUUCGGGGACAUGCCGGAUCCUUUGAAUACGUCUACUGAGCGCCAGGGGGCCGCUCCGCCAGUCCCUGAUGCGAUGUCGGCCUCUUUCAACUCAGAUAUGUUCGGGGUGCCCUCGGAUGCUUCUAGUAGACCCCGAGGUGGCACACCACCCUCUCCUUUGGGUGUGGCCGGUAGAGGUUUCUAUGUUACCAACGGACUGGGCGGUGCUAGAUUUGGACCAGGGGGUGUUCAUACUAACGUGCCAUGGCAGCCCAUGACUGUUGGAUAA